AUGGUAAGACUGAACAAUGACUCAAUAAUCAGUCCGUUUCAGUACUUUCUUCCGCACCAUGGCGUUCUCAAGUUGGGCAGCACGACCACCGCUUUGCGAGUGGUGUUCAAUGGCUCCAGCCCAACUUCUUCAGGACACGCAUUAAAUGAUCUUCUCCACACCGGUCCGAACCUUAUGCUGAACAUCGCAGAUCUGCUCAUCUGGAUACGCAGAUUCAAACAUCUGUUUGCAACCGACAUCACGAAGAUGUAUCGCCAAAUCAAGGUGCAUCCAGGGGACUGGAGCUUGCAGCAGAUACUCUGGCUUGAUGAAACUCAACAGGAAACGCAGUACCAGCUGACCACGGUCACGUACGGAACGAAAGCUGCACCGUACCUAGCCGUGAGAACGCUCUUGCAACUCGCUGACGACGAAGGGUGGAAAUUUCCCCUUGCCGUCGAACCCAUCAAAAAUGGCAGGUACGUUGACGACAUUUUUGGUGGUGCAGACACCGCUGACCAUCUACAGGAUGUUGCAAGUCAGCUGACGCAACUUUGCCAAGCGGGUGGAUUUCCGUUGGCAAAAUGGCACUCUACCAGCAAGUCGUUGCUUGAAGCUCUCGCAGAUACUCAGAACAACGCAUCGAUUUCGUUUGACGACUGCGAAACCAAGAUUCUCGGAAUCAAAUGGACACCUCAUGAAGACGCAUUCAAUUUCGCAACCAUAUCAGCUACUCAACGCACUCAGUUCACGAAACGCCUCGUCCUCUCAGAAGUAGCACAACUAUUUGAUCCUCUCGGUUUUGUUGCACCUGUAGUUAUUAGAGCCAAAAUUCUCAUUCAAGAGCUCUGGUUACAGGAACUCGGCUGGGACGACCUGCUGCCUCUUUCAAUUACAAAUCGCUGGCUCAGCAUCAGAGAAGAUUUAACGCGCCUGGCCAGGCUAUCCAUUCCACGAUGGUUCAACACAUUGACCACGUCAACAGUUGAGCUACAUGGUUUCUCAGAUGCUUCUGUCCUCGCAAUGGCAGCCGUCGUCUAUCUCGUUGUCCACGCACCGUUCACGGGUACCCACACUUCUCUCAUCUGCUCGAAAACGCGAGUGACACCACUCAAACGUCUGACCAUCCCGAGGUUGGAACUCACAGCAGCGCUGCUACUCUCGAAACUGAUGCGGCAUGUUCACGCUACUCUGAACAUGUCCGUUUCUCAGACAUUUAUGUGGACGGACUCAGAAGUUACGCUGGCUUGGAUCAAGACGCAUCCCUCCAAAUGGAAGGAUUAC